AUGUGGGAGGGCGGCGGGCCGUCGACCAGCAAGCAGGCGGACGCGGCGCGGCAGCACGAUGCGCUGUUCCACGAGCUCAUGCAGGAGUGCCGCCACAGCGCGCCCGGCGCCAGGCUCUCCGCCAAGAUGCGUACGGCGCUCGAGCGGAUGAGCCCGGGCGCGCGGCGCGCGCUGUGUGACCGCAAGCUGGACGGCUGCGCGCCGCUGUUCGUGGCGUGCCGGCGCGGCAACGUGGAGAUCGUGGAGUACCUGGUGCACGUCUGCGCCGCCGACCUGGAGCAGCGCGGCGUGUACGAGGUGCCCGACGACCGCUCCGUGCACUGCGUCACGCCGCUGUGGUGCGCCGCCGUGGCCGGGCGCCUGGAGGUGCUGCGCGUGCUGGCCGACGCGGGCGCCGACGUGGACGCGGGCUCCGACAGCGGCUCCACGCCCGUGCGCUCGGCCUGCUUCAUGACGCACCUGGACGUGGUGCGCUUCCUGGUGUCGCGCGGCGCCGACAUCCACCGGCCCAACCACAACGGCGGCACGUGCCUCAUCAACAGCGUGCAGUCCGUGCGCCUCUGCGCCUACCUGCUGGAGCACGGCGCCGACGUCAACGCGCGCGACACGCAGCUCAAGACCGUGCUGCACUACGCCAUCCAGGAGCACCGCCUGGAGACGGCGCGCCUGCUGCUGGACCACGGCGCCGACCCGCUGCUGGCGUCGCGCGCCGGCGACGACGCGCUGCGCACGGCGUGCCUGAAGGGCGCGGCGCAGAUCGUGAGCCUGCUGGCGGGGCGCGUGCGCUACUCGGCGGCGCGCAUGGCGGACGCCUACGAGCUGCUGGGCAGCACGCAGCUGGACGAGUUCAACGACGUGACGGCGGCGCUGGGCGCCUGGCGCCGCGCCACGGCCAUCCGGCACGGCGGCGGCGCGUACAUCCCCAAGCGGCCCGUGCGCGCGCCGGCGCCGGCGCUGGGCGGCGCGCGCGAGUGGCGCUCGCUGGCCGAGCUGGAGGCGGCGGCCACGGACAUGGACGCGCUGCGCACGCAGUCGCUGCUGGUGGUGGCGCGCGUGCUGGGCCCCGACCACAAGGACACGGUGUUCCGCCUCAUGUACCGCGGCGCCUCGUACGCCGACGCCUUCCGCUACCAGCGCUGCAUCGACCUGUGGAGCUGGGCGCUGCAGCUGCGCAUCGAGAAGGACUCGCUGCUGUCGUCGGACACGUGCCACACGGCGUGCGCGCUGACGCGGCUGAUGCUGGACGCGGCGGGCGGGCGCCUGGAGCGCGCGCGCGGGCUGCCGGCGCUGGGCGACGUGCUGCGCGUGUUCCGCCUGCUGGCCGACGAGCUGCCGGCCUGCCGCCGCCUGCUGCGCGCGCGGCCCGUGUUCAAGGCGCAGGCCGACACCUUCGACCGCGCGCUGCGCUGCGUCACGCACGUGCUGUACCUGCUGCAGGCGCGCGCCGCGACCCCGGCCGAGCGGCGCGGCGUGGCGGCCGGCGUGCGCGCGCUGCUGGCGGCCGACGUGCGCUCGGCCAGCACGGGCGACACGCUGCUGCACCUGUGCGUGUCGCGCCUCAACGUCAUCCGCUCCACGUACUUCGCGGACGAGCUGGACGCCGCGCCCGUGUUCCCGCACGCCGGCGUGGUGCGCCUGCUCCUGGCCUGUGGCGCCGACGUGCGCGUGCGCAACGAGGCGCGCUCCACGGCGCUGCACGUGGCCGCCAUCCCCUACAACUUCAGCACGGAGCUGGUGGCCGUGCUGCUGGCGGGCGGCGCGCACCUGGACCAGCCCAACAAGUUCGGCGACUCGCCGGCCGAGCUGGUGGCGCUGAACCGCGGCUCGCGCGUGCGCGUGCUGCAGCACGUGACGCUGGCGUGCCUGGCGGCGCGCGCGCUGCUGCGGGCGCGCCGCCCGCUGCCGCCGCACGCGCUGCCCAAGACGCUGCUGGACUUCCUGGACCUGCACCGCGCCUAG